GUCAACGAUGGGAGCGAUUUAAGGCUUUACAAUACAAAGUGUGCCGGUGACUGCUGUGAUUGUACAUAUUUUGAUGCAAAGGGACAGCAUAGUUAUAAACUCAUCGCAAGACCCUCGUUCCACGCUCACGGGCAACUAAAAUGAAUCAGUUACUAACAAAACCCCAAUCGACUGUAUAAACCCCGUUUACAUUUAUCAACAUUCUUGAACCUCGUGCUUUUUCUUGUUUCGCGCCCCUGUCGGUCUCAUUUCUACUGUAUCUGACGACUCAUGCCUGCCGCCGUUGCCACUACACCACUUCCUGUACCACUUUUCCACAGCGGAACCGAAUACAGUCUUCCACAACAUCAGCAACAACAAACAGGGAGCGGUUAUGCAGCAGGACGAAUCUUAAACCAGCUGGGGCUAUCCUUUCAACCAAUGCAAGAGACUGGAAUUCGAGCUACAAUGACUUGCUGCAGUGUGUCAUCUCAAGCACAUGCAAGAGCUUUAGCGAAGAUCACAUCGUUAGAGAAGACAAUAGAGUUUUUGCAGAAAGAGCAUGCGGGUGUUCUGAAAGGACUGCAUAGCGAGAUUACAAGGUUGCAGAGUGUUUGUUCUGACCUCUCGGUGAGACUUGUAACAAAGGCAGACGGUGGAGACGUGCAUGACCCUACAACGAGUAAAUUGCAAGCAUCUGUCCACACAUUUGACCCGAAGCCCUCCCACAACCAUCCAGAGACUCAAAUCACAGGUUCCUCAUUACCAACAGACCCAUCCGAACCCCACCUCUAUCUCCUCCUAGACCAACAGAAAAAGAAGUACACAGCCUUCAUUGACCGGCUCAACGAGGACAACAAACGGAAGCAGGUUGAGAUAGACCAUCUUAAGGCGGAGCGUGAAUUGGUGCAAGAGGCCCUGAGCGUUGCUGGAUUGCAACUGGAUAUGAAAGAAUUAUACACCCUUGCCACACAUACGGUGCAUUCCAAGGCUUCUCUAAGGACCAAAACCAAGAACCAUCCAUUACCGCCGAUCGGAAAGGGACAAGGCCCCAUUGAUCGCGAAAAGGAUAAAGGGAGUGAAACAACACAACAGGAACAACAGCAAGUUCCGCCUCGCCCACCAGCACCCACACCUCCACCAACUACUGGUGACACACCACGACCAUCGUCUCGAUCAAGAGCAAGCAAACCAGUGCUUCCCAUAUCAACAGCAGCGGAACAAAUAGUCGUGGAAUACUCAGAAGCCCUCUACGAACUGCAUGUGGACGAUCCACCAGCCUAUGUAUCUGAUCCACCUCCACAUACAACAUGGUCAAAAAGAAUGGCAGGGACGAAGAUGGUGAGAGAAAAGCAGUGGAGAGAUUUGAAGGAACGGUUGUAAGAAAUAAGAGAUGAUUUCUUUGCAAAGUUUGCAAGACAAUUAUGUUGUUUGAGUAUACUUAGGUGAAUAAACGAUUGGCGUUGUCAUGAUCUAGUAAUUCUCAUGAUUCAAGUCCAAUUCAUACAAAACAAUGUCCAAUACAACAUCUACC